AUGCGACUGAACUGCCGAAUUCGAUCAGCAUCAGAUUAUAGGCCUUGUACAAUUUCUGCCUACAAAUUUUUGAAUCCAUUCAAUGAUCAGUUCGAAUUCGUAGUUGCCACACACCAUAUCUUAUCCGGUGAUGAAGAAUCGUGGAUACCUACGACCACAGAGCCAGGCCCAGCCUACGUCCCACCGACUGCUGACUAUUCCUCACAGCAAGAUUGGAGGCCGCAGGAUCCGACAAGGGACGGUUCAAGUUGGACGACGUGGGAUCCACAAUCAUACGCACAACAUUCAUGA